UUGGUUGAAAACAUCAAAUUGAAAUGAGUCAUCGGAAUUAUGCCAGUGUAAAGCAUUGGCUACUUUUUACACCGGGGAAAACAGCUGAAGGGAACAUCAUCUGCCCGUUGGGUGAGCGGACAUUUUCACUCCAAUCUCUAUCUGGUCCAAACAGCAAUCCCGGUUCAGUCUUGGUCAGGGCAUUCCACUCUCAAGAACCUCACAUCUCACCAUGAAGUGGUACAUCUUUAUGUUGGCUUUGCUCCUCGUUGAGGUCGCUCAAGUCCACGACGCUCAAUGUGGCAAGGUCGAUGACGAAGACGCUGAUGAUGACGGCAUUCCCAAUGAUGUUGACACCGAUGACGACAACGAUGGCAUUCCUGACGAUGUUGAUACCGAUGACGACAAUGACGGCAUCCCUGACGACGAUGACGAUGAUGACGAAGCCGACCCGGAUGAUGAUAACGAUGGCAUCCCUGACGAGGAAGAAGAUGACGAUACCGAGGAGGAUGAGCACGACGAGAUGUAACUGAUUUGCUCACAACUAUUCUCAAUUUGUUAUUUAUAACUAAAAACCCUCAAAAAAGUUAUGCCCAAUAUUGGCCUUGUCCCGGUUGAGUGUGGUUUCACACUCAGGGAUGCCAUUUGUUUAAGCAAUAGUUUAGGACCAACCCAUCCUUUUUCCGAAUGCCAGAGUGUUAUGCUAUAUUUCACAAAAGAUGCCAAUUCCAUUAUUUGUGAAUGACUGUGGAAUGAUUCUUUACCAAUAAAAGUGUACACACAAACCA